AACUCUCUCAAACGACGAAACAACACUCAGAAUGGACGAGACAUUGUCCAUUCUCAACCCCAUACCAACCAGGUUGGAAGGCCCUGGGUUGCUUCACGAACUUAUAUCCGGUCCUGAAACUCCUGGAAUUGCCCUCGAAUACACAGAUGCGGAUGGUGGGCAGAGCACAUUGUCCUAUAUGGGUUUGCAUAGGGAGGCAGAAAAUCUAGCAUCGCGAUUGAUCGAGGUCAGCCGCCGAGUUUCACAAAAGACACCUGGAAUCGUGCCCAUUUAUAUUCCGCAAUGCACGUCUUUGUACAUUUCGCAACUGGCGAUUCUCAAAUCAGGAGCUGCAUUCUGUCCUCUAAACCUGGAUGUGCCAGAAGACAGACUGAAGUUCAUAUUGCAGGAUACUUCGGCCAGCAUCCUUCUGACAACUACUGCCAUGCGUCCAAGACUUCCAGAACUGGAGAACGUCGUUAUCCUUGCAGUGGAUGAUGAACAAUCAGGACUCAACUCCUGUCACCCAUCAAAAACGCUUGAGCAUGAAGUGACCUGUCCUGAUACUUCCUCUCUCGCUUACAUCAUGUAUACCUCGGGUAGUACUGGCCUACCGAAAGCGGUCUGUCUGUCACAUCGUGCAGUAACACAAUCGCUUCUGGCACACAAUCGGUUCAUUCCUGGCUUCUCCAGAUUCCUCCAAUUCGCAAGUCCGACGUUCGACGUCAGUGUGUUCGAGAUUUUCUUCCCAUGGUAUCGUGGAUCAACACUUGUCUCUGUCGAACGCAGCCGGCUGCUUAGCGAUCUCCCUGGAACGAUCACUUCACUAAACAUAGAUGCCGCUGAGCUCACACCAUCAGUCGCUGCUAGUCUUGUUCGUACGAGGGACAAUGUCCCUACCUUACGGACACUCCUCACAAUUGGUGAGAUGCUCAAUACACCAGUCAUCCAACAAUUCGGUGGUUCAGACGAUCGGCCUAGUAUCUUGUAUGGCAUGUACGGCCCCACUGAGGCUGCCAUCCAUUGUACCCUACAACCGGACUUUGCAGCGGAUCUGCCUGCUGGCACCAUCGGAAUCCCUCUGGACACAGUCUCUUGUUUCAUUGUAAAGCCAGCAGAAUCUGCAAAAUACGCUAGUGAAAUUGAGAUUCUGCCGAUAGGCGAGAUUGGCGAGCUCGUUGUAGGCGGACAUCAGCUAGCGGAUGGCUACCUCAAUCGAGAUGAACAAACCAGAGCUGCUUUUAUGUCCCAUCCGAAGUAUGGUGAUCUUUACCGUACGGGUGACAAAGCUCGCCUCCACCGCAACGGUACGCUGGAAUGCCAUGGACGUAUCUCAAGUGGACAGGUCAAAUUAAGAGGUCAACGUGUCGAGCUGGGAGAGAUUGAGCAUGCUGCAUCAAAGGCUGCUGGAUGUCACGCAGUAGUGGCAAGUGUCAUAUCUGGUCUUUUGAUUCUUUUCUGUAUCGGUGACUCCGACAAACUUGUUUCUGGAGACAUCAAAAGCGCUUGUCAAAAGUGGCUCCCAGCUUAUAUGCUACCUAACGAUAUCGUCAUACUUGAUGACUUCCCCUAUCUUCCGUCAGGCAAGGUCGACAAGAAGAAGCUGGAAGACGAUUACAGCUCGAAGGCUUCAGAGACGUCAGCAGGGCCUUCUGACAUACCUGCAAGUGCUAACAAUGUAGCGCGCACAAUUCAAAGCGUGCUGGGUGUUCUUAUUGACCACAACACCGACCUCGGUGCUGCUGGGCUGGACUCGCUUAGAGCAAUUCAAGUUGCUUCUGAGCUGCGAAAGCAAGGCUAUGCUCACACUAGCGCUCUUGAGCUGCUCUCAGUGUCUAACGUGCUUGCUCUUGAUCAACUUCUUCAAACUAAGGCUUCUGCAAAUAGCGAUCGCGAACAUGACGUUGGAGAAUGGGAAAGCAUUCUCCGCGAGCUGAGGUCGAACGUUGAAGCAUCACUGGACUCCGAGACAGUCGUGAACAGCGUACAAGAUGUCCUUCCAUGUACACCACUUCAAGAUGCCAUGCUGGUCGAAACAGCAAGACAACCUCAAGCAUAUUGCAACGAGCUCCGUUUCACAGUAGCUCCAGCUAUUCCUUUCGAAAGAUUGCGCCAAGCUUUGUUCACGCUAGCUGAGAAGCAUACUGCUUUAAGAUCCGGCUUUUGCGUGUCUGCAAGUUCCCACUGCUCGUAUGCUCAAGUUGUGUGGAAGAGCAUGGCUGCCUCUCAAAUUGCACGUGUCGAGUCACAGAAUGCUGCAUGGUCCAUCACAAAUCAAGAGACACUUCUGCGACCACUUCUGUUUCAAUACAGGAGAUCUGAUACUGGCAUGGAGCUCAUUGUGAACAUACAUCACGCGUUGUACGAUCAGUGGUCAGUUGAAGUUAUUCUCGAGGAUCUGGAUGAUUUGCUGCAGGGCAAGGAGAUCCCAGAUAGACCAUCGUUCGGGGUCGCCAACAAGUUCUUUAGCCUCGAAAGAAACAAAGAUCAGACAUUACAUCUGGACUUCUGGCGAGAACAUCUGUCUGGCGCCACUCCUAGCCGCUUACCCAAUCUGUCACCCAAAUCGAUACCCUCACAAGCCCUUCAGAGUGCGGAGCAUUUCAUUGAAAUGGAUAUGCAAGCACUGAGUCAAGCAGCGCAAACACAUGCAUGUAGCCCACAUGUCUUUNUCCAAGCUGCGUAUGCCGUGCUCCUUGGUUCGUACAUGGGUACAGAAGAUGUAGUAUUUGGUACGGUCUUCUCUGGAAGAACUUUGCCCAUCAUCGACGUUGAAAGUAUGGUCGGACCUCUUUUGUCAACGCUUCCUUCACGUAUCAACACCAUCGAGUGCCGAAGAUUUGUUGAUGCUUUGCGUCGUCUUCAAGGUGACAAUCGAGAUAUCAUGCAACACAGCACGACAUCUCUCGCAGAUAUCAAGAAGGCAUGCGGAGUCAAUCCUGGUGAGACUCUCUUUGACAGUAUCUUUGUAUGGCAGGAGACCGCUCGAUCGAACUCACGAACUCAGCCGCUGCUAUAUCUGGUGGAGGCGCAUGACUAUCUGGAGUUCAACCUAACGCUGGAGCUCGAACCCACUCAGGAUGGUGUGAAAACCAAGUUCACCUACCAACCGAGCCUUCUACCAAGCCAGCACGUCGAAAUCUUACUGCAACAGCUUGACGCUUUGGUCAAGGUCGUGGUGGCACGACCUGAAUCUCUCAUGAAUGAGCUCAGCAGUCAGCUUCCUACCUCAGUCUUGUCCAUCGCGAACCCUAAUCCGCAAUUGUCCACGUACAAGACUGGACUUGGAUCUCUUGUCGAGACCCAUGCUUUCAAGAGGGCCGAUGACCUGGCUUUGGUGUUUGCCCAGGAUAUUCGCAAAGGAACCUCGGUGACCGAGAGUUUGACAUACGGUGAACUCAACAACCAAGCAAAUCAGCUAGCCAAUCAUCUUAUCUCGCAAGGUGCCAAGCCCAAUGAGCUUGUCUGUAUCUGUAUGGAGAAGUCUGUCGCCCUCUACGUUUCCAUUCUUGCUGCUGUCAAAGCAGGCUGUGGUUACCUGCCGCUGGUUCCAGAGACACCAUCAGCUCGUAUCAGUCAGAUCCUUGUGGAUGCGAAUGUGCGAAUCUGCUUAGCCGACUCUUCAACAGCACAUAUCAUUGCCGACCUGAGCGGUUGCCAUGUAAUCGACAUCACUACUGUCGGUUUCUCACAACAGUCAUGCGCUAAUCCUCAGCUUGCUUUCGAGCCCACAGACAUCGCUUACGCAGUCUUCACCAGCGGUACUACAGGCAAGCCGAAAGGAGUUCUAGUAACUCAAGAGAACAUACUCAGCAACCUUGAGGUCUUGAGCAAGAUCUAUCCCGUCCCUAAGGAUUCCAGGUUACUUCAAGCCUGUAAUCAAGCCUUCGAUGUCAGCGUGUUUGAGAUCUUUNUCACCUGGUACACCGGCAUGUGCCUAUGUUCGGCAUCAAAGGAUGUUUUAUUCCGUGAUCUCGAUACUGCAAUCAACGAACUCGGAAUUACACAUCUUUCCAUGACACCGACUGUAGCGGCCUUGACGAACCCCGCCCAUAUUCCGAGAGUAAAGUUUCUUGUUACUGCUGGAGAAGCAGUCACUCACCAUGUUCACAGUGCGUGGGCUGGAAAGGGACUCUACCAGGGCUAUGGUCCAUCCGAGACUACGAACAUCUGCACAGUGAAUCCGGCAGUGCAACACGAUCAUGUCGUUAACAACAUUGGUCCACCAUUUGUAAACACGUCUGCAUUCGUGUUGUCGCGAGAGUCUGAUUUCCAAUUGGUCCCCCUUGGCGGCCUUGGUGAACUUUGCUUUGGCGGCCAGCAGGUUUUCCGUGGCUACCAAAACAUGCCCGAACUCACAGACAGCAAGGUCAUCCAUCAUGCAAGUUAUGGCCGCAUCUACCGCAGUGGAGAUCUGGGUCGGCUGCUGCCCGACGGAACUAUCCUGAUCCAGGGUCGUACUGACGAUCAAAGGAAGAUUCGUGGUCAAAGGAUCGAGCUUGGUGAAAUCUCUGGGUGCCUACUGCAAGUCCAAGAUGUGCAGGAUUGCGCAAUCGAGAUUGUCAAAUCUGCAGACAAUGAACGUCUGAUGGCCUUCUGGAUUCCGAGUGGCUGUUCCAAUGAGACGUAUUCGAUACUACAGCCAGAUGACUCGUUAAAGGAGACUAUAACCACAAUUUUUGCGCACCUAGUCGAGCAUCUACCAGUCUACAUGGUUCCCGACGCGCUAGUACCUGUCUCUGCCAUCCCUCAAACAUUACAAGGCAAGAUCGAUAGAAGGCGACUCGCCAACGAUGCCUCAGCACUCGGUGUAGAUGUUUUGAACGCAUACUCUCAGGGUUCGAACGACGAAGCUGAUACCAGUGAGCUCUCUACGACAGAGAAACAGGUACUUUCAGCACUUGCCGACACCUUGCGUAUGUCAUCCACCUCAAUCGGCCGUUCUACCUCUUUCUUUGCGUUAGGACUCGACUCCGUAUCCGCGAUUCGUUUUGCAACGAAGCUAAGGACUGAGCACGGCUACGAAGUUGACGUAUCUCGAAUCCUCAAAAGGCCUACUGUUGCCAAGCUAGCUUCAUAUCUACAGGAUUCACAACCAAAUGGUAAAGAGCAAAGCAACGGACACGCUGUAUUGGAUUGUGAGGCAGCCAUUGGCUCAGACCUACAUGAAAGUGUGGUAUUGCAACUUCGUGAGCACGGUCAAACUGCGCAGCAGGUCCUUCCAUGCACACCUUUGCAAGAGGCAAUGCUUUCCGCAAACGACACAUCGGGAUCUUCAGCGUACAGAAACAAGACCUUGUUCCGUCUCCACGGUUCAGUCGACAAGCUGAAAGCUUGUUGGGAAGCUAUGCUGCAAAGGCAUAGUAUCCUGAGAACGACUUUCCUCACCACUGAAAACUCGAAGUUUCCCUUCGUGCAGGUUGUACUGUCAGAGUGGACAUUACCGUGGGAAGAGUGUGACACUGUCCCCGAUCAUACUUCAGCCUUGCUCGAGUCCGCACAGAGUCAUGGAGACCCACUACACGAAAACAUGCCGCCUUGGAAGAUCCAGGUCUAUAGAACAGACUCCGCUGUCUACCUUUUGCUCGACAUGCAUCAUGCUCUCUAUGAUGCCAAUGCGAUGUCUAACCUUNUGCACGAAGUCGAACAGUCAUACAAAGGCCAAUCACUUCCAGCUCCAGUCUCAUUCAAGACUUUCCUAGAUUUCAUGGUUUCUUCGAGUGUGGAACAAGCAGACGAUUUCUUUAGGGAUCAGCUUCAAGGAUUCAUCCCAAAGCCGUUUGACAAUACAGCCGCCAGUAGCUCAAGAGAGAGUUUUGGCACCAUCACUGACAGACUUGACUGCUCGCAUGAUGCAGUGGAAAAUUUCCUGGCAAAGCACUCAACAACCAUGCUAAGUCUGGUCCAAGCAAUGUGGGCGAAGACAUUGUCCGCUUCGCAAAGCUACUCGGAUGUCUGCUUCGGCAAUGUGGUUAGUGGACGUAGCGUGCCUGUCGAUGGAAUCGAGUCUCUGGUCGCACCAUGCUUCAAUACCAUUCCUCUUCGCGCAGAUCUGGCAAAGCACCGAAGCAAUUUGAGCCUCAUCAAAGCUCUCCAGAAAAGUAAUAUCGAAAGUCUGCCAUAUCAACUCACACCUUUGCGUCGUAUCCAAGCACAGGCUGGUACUAACGGACAGCGAUUGUUCGAUUCUCUUGUCCUUCUGCAGCAGACUUCUACAGAUCUCGACACAGAAAUCUGGGCUCUAGAAGGCGAAACAGGAGUUAUGGAUGUAAGUGACUUUUAUCUUGACGAUGAAGUUGUUGCCAAUCUUCAUCAAGCGUGUUUGUCUGCAUUUGCAUCUUGCAUAAAAUACCCUUCUAGCGAUGUUUCCGAUUUUAUUGAUUUCGACACAAAUUUGGUAGCUGGCAGUUUGAAGCCAGACGAAGAGUACAUGCAGUCCGAAGAGGCUGCUCGGCAGAAAAGAUUGACCAAUCCUGGACCUCCCAGCGGUGAGUCUUGGUCCGCACUUGAGUUGCGAAUUCGUGCAGCAUUCUCUGCUGUGUCCUCUGCUCCUGAGGACCAGAUCUCAAGGGACACAACAAUUUACAAACUUGGCUUGGACAGCAUUAGUGCGAUCCAACUUGCAAACCGGCUUCGUAAAGAAGGACUCCCGGUGCAAGCCAGCGACGUAAUGGAAGGCCCAUCGUGCUCUGAAUUAGCAUCAGCUGUUCAGACUCGAUCACACACCCCAACUUCCGAUACACCUGCAUUUGACUUUGAUGGGUUCGGCAAACGCUAUCGCCAUGUUGUCCUGAACGCUCAUCAGGUUCUUUCUGACAGAGUAUCCGCCAUAAGACCCUGCACUCCUUUACAAUCUGGCAUGCUGAGUGAAUACACACACUCUGAUGGUCGUCAAUACUUCAAUCAUACUUUCUAUGCAGUAGAUGCCGAAAUUGAUGCCCAGAGGCUCGGCCUCGCGUGGACAAAGGUUCUCGAGCAACACGAGAUACUCCGGACCGGAUUUAUCGAUACUGAUGAUCAUGAGCAUCCCUUUGUGAUGCUAACUUAUGACAAAUUCGAUGUCAACGAACUCGAGAUUCAGACUUCUUCGGCAGACAAGUCAACCUUCGAGUGCCGGGAAAGAACAGCUUCAGAAUCUGUCAGAGAUGGCCUUCAUCUGCCUCCGUGGAGAUGGAGCUUACUCGAGACCGAAGGAAGACUGUGUUUGCAAUUCUCUGCACACCAUGCCAUCUUCGACGCGGAGAGUUUACGCUUGAUCAUGACCGAUCUUGAGUCUGCUCUUUCCAGUGGCUCUGUCACUGCAAGACAGUCAAUUGAGAGCGCCUUGAGUCACAUUCUUUCAAGCAGUCAGACUGAUCUGAAUGAACAACGUGCCUUCUGGUCGCAGAAACUCAGCGGUGCUCCGGUUACUCGCAUGCCCAACAUGACACCAGUCAGAGCCUCGAGCACAGAAGCAGUCAAUGUCGAGCUGAUCCUUGGACUUCAGCGUGACGAGCUAGAAGCCCGCUGUCGAGAUCUUGGUGUUUCAAUGCAAUCAGUUGGCCAAGCCGCUUGGGCCCGACUGCUGAGCGCAUAUACUGGAGAAUCACAAGUGACCUUCGGAGUGGUCUUCUCUGGCCGUACCGCUCCGGCGACGAUGGAUGCUGCAUUCCCGUGCAUUACAACCCUCCCUGUCUCAAGCAACACUGCAGUGGAGGACACGCAACUUCUUCAAGAUUUGAUGUCAUACAAUGCCAGCAUUCAGAAGUAUCAGUUCACGCCGUUGACGAAUAUUCAGAAGUUUGCCGAACUGCCAAGCGAGGCGUUGUUCGACUCUCUCUUUGUUUAUCAAAGGCCUAUCAACGACGAUACUCCCGUUUUCUCUUUGAAGAUAGUACGCGAGAAGGCUUCGGUCGAACUUGCUGUCUCCAUUGAGAUGGAAGCACUCAGUGAAAAUCGUCUUGGCCUUCGGCUGACAGUCGAUCCUACUCAAAUACCUUCUGAGCAAGGAGAUAUUAUGUUGCAGCAGAUGGAAACUAUCAUCGCCGGUCUCCUGAAGUUUGAAGACACACCCGACAGGUCGGUACUGUCUAUCAUACCUCCAAAGGACCCUAUCAUCCCGACGAACUUCCAGUAUCUGCAUGAAAUGACCGAGGCUUCCGCCGCAGAACACCCAGACCAUAUUGCGAUGGAGUUUGUGGACAGUCUAGAAGACGGCCAGGUUUCAAGUCGACACUGGAGUUUCCGCCAACUCGAUGAAGAGGCGAACAAGAUUGCGCAUCUCCUAGUUGAUCGAGGUGCAAAGCCUGGCGACAUCAUUGCAACUUCAUUCGACAAAUGUCCAGAAGCAUCGUUUGCAUUCUACGGUAUCCUCAAGGCUGGCUGUGCCUUCUGUGCUAUCGAUCCCACAGCGCCUGCAGCCCGCAAAGCCUUCAUUUUACAAGACUCGAAUGCUCAAAUUCUACUGACAUCUGAGUCGAUUCGCUCAGAGCUGAUAGACUCAACUCAGUGCGAUGUCGUUGAUCUGAUUAACCUGGAAGACAAACACAAAUUGUCGUCUUCGGCAGUUUCGGUAGAUGGUCUUUCUCCUUCUUCCGUCAGUUAUGUCUUGUACACUUCUGGAACUACGGGUACACCANAAGGAUGUGAACUCACCCAUGACAAUGCCGUUCAAUUGGUCAUGGCUUUCAAACGCUUGUUCGAGGGAAGGUGGACAGACGAGUCUCGCUGGCUACAAUUCGCCUCAUACCAUUUCGAUGUCUCCGUGUUGGAACAGUUCUGGACAUGGAUCGUGGGCAUGCGUUUAGUGUGUGCUCCUCGAGAUCUGAUCUUGGAAGAUAUUGCGGGCUUCAUCGAUACAAUGCAGAUCACUCACCUUGACCUGACACCAUCUCUUGGCAGACUUCUUGAUCCUGCCUUGGUUCCCAGUCUGCACAAGGGUGUCUUCAUCACUGGUGGAGAAUCGCUCAAACAGGACCAGAUCAAUACCUGGGGAGACGUCGGCUGUCUUUUCAACUUCUACGGACCCACAGAAUGCACAAUUGGUGUCACCGUCUUUCCCUCCGUUCCAAAAGAGGGAAAGCCUUCCAACAUUGGCUGGCAGUUCGACAAUGUUGGCUGCUACGUUUUAGCACCUGGCUCUCAAACUCCUGUAUUGCGAGGUGGUGUCGGUGAACUCUGUAUAUCUGGCAAGCUUGUAGGGAAAGGUUAUCUGAAUCGUCCCGAGCUUACUGCAGAUUGUUUCCCAUAUCUGGAUGCUUUCGGUGAGCGAGUCUACCGAACAGGCGAUCUCGUUCGUCUAUUCCAUGAUGGAUCGAUCGAUUUCUUGGGCCGCAAAGAUAAUCAAGUCAAGCUUAGAGGACAAAGACUCGAGAUUGAUGAGAUCGAAGCGGUAAUCAAAGGUUGUCAAGAUAUCCAAGAUACUGUCUGUGUUGUCGCCAAACAUCCCAAACAAGACAAGGACCAGCUUAUCGCCUUUAUUGGAAUUAACGAGUCCAGGAGACAAGGAAAACCAGAGUUAUGUCCUGCAGAGUCAACCAAGCACCUUAUCCAGGCAGCACGUACCGCAUGCGAAGGACGCUUGCCUGGAUAUAUGGUUCCUACACACUUCCUGCCUAUCCAGCGCAUUCCUUUGUCUGUGAACAACAAAGUGGAAGAGAAGCUUCUCCGACAACUUUAUGCUGACUUGCCCACUACCGCCAUCCAGAGUUAUGCUACACAAGCAGAUGAUCAACAGUCUCUCAGCGAAGCAGAGCACAAGAUUGCUCGAGUUCUCGCCGAGCUCCUCAAGAUAGACGAGAACGACCUCAAGCCUUCAUCCAACAUCUUCACGCUCGGACUCAAUUCCAUCUCGGCUAUUCAGUUUACCAGGAAGCUCAAAACAAGUGGCUUUUCUAAUGCGCAAGUGGCGACUGUGCUCAAAAAUUCCACUAUCGGUAGAUUGACGAAAGCGCUCGCUGUAUCAACAGAUCAAUCAGAUGGCGAGGUUGCUGAUGCUAAACAAGUCAUCUCUGCCUGUCGACAGAGGCAUUUGGGUACGGUCACUCGUGUUCUUCGUUGCAAAGUGGACGAUAUCGAAGCUAUUGCGCCAUGUACUCNNCCCUUGCAGCAAGGUAUCAUUUCAAGAUCUCUGGCAAGUGAAUCCGCACUCUACUUCAACAGUUUCAAAUACAACGCCCAAGGAGUAGAUCUGCAAAGACUUGAGAAGGCCUUCAACCAGGCUCUGGAACGGACUCAGAUCUUACGUACAUUCUUCGUUGAGACCGAUGACGGAUAUGUACAAGCUGUCAGAAAGACAGGUCAUCUUCCAUGGUGGACACUCGAAGUCUAUGAUCUUGCUACUGUGGACAGCGUCUUCGCUAAGCGCAAACAGAAGUGGCGUUCUUACAACACGUCUCACUUGACUGUACCCUUUGAGAUUGUGGUCGUUCGCUCUGGCUCGGAAAGCUUUGUGUCGGUCGACCUGCACCACGCGCUUUACGAUGGCAAUUCCUUCGACAUGUUGAUGAACAACGUCUUCAAGCUUUACGCUGCCGAGGAGGCUGAUUUUGGCAAGUCCUUCGUCGAUUGCCUACCCUUUGGUCCUUUGCGCAAUGUACAAGGUGCGAAGCAGUUCUGGCUGGAUCAUCUCCAGGACGUUGUACCCACAGCAAUGCCCUCACUUGUCGAAAAUGGAACAGGUCAAGAUACUCUCUGUACAGCCAGUCUCGAGAUCCUGUCGCAAGCAGAUGAGCUGCGUCGAUCUCUGGGCGUGACGGUCCAAGCUUUGGUUCAAGCGAGCUGGAUUGUGACUCUGCGAAAGCAUUAUCAAGGUGCUGUCGGUACAGUCGUUUCUGGGCGCUCUAUUGACUUUGACGGUGUCGAGAAGGUGAUCGGACCUUUGUUCAACACCAUUCCCUUCUACCUGAGAUGUGAGCCAGAAGACUCAUGGCAGACCCUUGUUCAGAGAUGUCAUGACUUCAACACAGCUGCUCUGCCAUAUCAACAUACACCUCUUCGCGAUAUCACGAAGUGGUGUAAUAAAGGGCGAUCAGAGCCGCUGUUCGAUGCUCUGCUCGUAUAUCAAGGUGUCAUUGACGACUCUGAUGCUGACAACUCAAUCCUCAAGCCUUUGUCCGAUGACUCUUUCGAAGCUGAUUACCCGUUGUCAUUCGAGGUGGAAGAGGCUGCCAACGGAGAGCUGAAAGUGACUGUGGCUGCCAAAGCGUCAAUUUGCGACGAAGCAAAGGCUCGAGAAUUGAUCGAUGAGUUCCAUCAAGCCUUCUUGGCGAUGAUUAAGUCUCCCGAGGACGAUGCUGCUGCUAGUCUUGGCCGUACUUUCGAGCCGCUUCAGAGAAGUGCAAACAAUAAGGAACGCAAUGCCCAAACCAAGAACAGAGGCGAAUUUGACUGGCGUCCUGAAGCUUGCGUCAUCCGCUCGGAGAUGGCGAACCUUGCUGGUGUGCAAGAGGCUGAGGUUGAUGAACACACUUCCAUUUUCGAAGUCGGACUGGACAGUGUAGAUGCUGUAAAGCUCUCAUCGCGUCUCAAGAAGAAGAGUGUCGCUCUGCCUGUCAGCGCUAUCAUGAAGUCACAAACAAUCGCCCAAAUGGUUUCGAAGUUGUCAAGCAAGACUGAUAGAUCGACAUUCAAGUCUGAGGGCGCCUUCCAAGCUCUUGAAAGCAAACUUACCUCAUACGCAAACAGCCGGAUGAAGAACUUAGAACGAGUUCUCCCAGCCAGCCCGAUGCAGGAAGCAUUGGUCUCAGAAAUGGUCCGGUCAUCCUACGAAGCCUACUUCAAUCAUGACGUCUUGAAGAUCUCCCAGAACGUUGACCGUGAGAGGCUCGAGGAGGCCUGGCAAAUAGUGAUCAGAGCUUCUCCUAUCCUUCGAACUGGCUUCCUUGAGGUUGAAGAUCCAGAUCUGGAUGCCACGUUCGCUCAGGUUGUCCAUAAGCCUGAAGCCAUGAGCUUGGAGCCUAUCAAGCUAUCAAGUGAAGAUGCUAUCGACGAGCAUCUGACGCAGAUCAGCUCCAGUGUAUCGUCAUCUGCUUUGUCCGAACCUCAAUUGCGUUUGACCCGGGUGUCCAUUCCUGAUAACGACUAUCUUGUACUAUCGAUUGCUCAUGCUCUCUAUGAUGGGCACAGUCUUUCACUGCUUCACCAAGACAUUUCGAAGGCUUAUAGCAACACAUUCCAGUCUCGCCCGUCCUAUGCUGAGAUCUUGGAAGAGACUUUCGAUGGCAGCAAUGAGGAGGCUGUCACGUUCUGGCGCAGCCUUCUGACCGAUGCGAACAAGACUCAGCUUCCACAGAACAGAAGCAUUGAAACAGUCACUUAUCGCGCGGAGAAGACAAGUCAUAUUGCCGCCAAUGACAUUUCGUCAUUCUGCAAGCAGCAAGGAGUUACUCUCCAGGCCGUCUGCCAGACAGCAUGGGCUUUUGUGCUCGCCCAUACUGUACAAUCUCUGGAUGUUAUGUUUGGUGUUGUCUUGGCUGGUCGUGACAGCGAACUUGCCGAGCAAGUCAUGUUCCCAAUGAUGAACACAGUCAUCAUGCGAUCUGUCCUGCAUGGAUCCAGAAAGGAUGUGCUGCAAAGCAUACAGGCGACUAUUUCUGACAUCUCCAACCAUCAGCACUUCCCGCUUCGUCAGAUUCAGGCUGCCUGUCAAGGACAAGUUCAAUCAUCAUCAGGCACUAGUGAAACUGAUGCUUUCUUCGACACACUCUUCACCUUCCAGAGACGACCGGAUGCUGACUAUGCCGAGACCCAAGCACUCUAUGAAUCUGUCAAUGGGGCUUCAGAGGUCGAUUACCCUGUCGCUGUCGAGGCCGAAGUUGUCAGCGACUCGUUGAUUUGGCGCGCUGCUUGCAAGAGUACUGCAUUCGAUGAGGAUGGUGUCAACGACCUUCUCAGCACUCUCGACAGUGUCUUGCAAGCUAUUGUCGAUAAGCCGCAUGAGCCUACACUGACAUUCCAUGGUCAUGAAGUCAGUGUCUGCAAUCUAUCUGCUUUCCAUCAACAAGUGGAAGCUGAUGGAGCUCAGACAGCAGACACCAGCAAUGAGGUAGCCGAGGAUGAAGCCACUUGGACAGACAUUGAAUCUGCAGUACGUGAGGCCAUUGCAAAGGUCACAAAGACGCCAGACUCCGAAAUCUCAAAAACUGCGUCCAUCCAGAACUUGGGUGUCGAUUCAAUCAACGCUAUCAAGAUUUCGGCUUUGCUCCGGAAAAAGUCUAUCAGGGUUACUGUCAGUGAGAUUGUACGCGCUGGAUCGAUAUCGAAGAUUGCAUCAGUGGCACAAGACAAGAGCACCAAGAAGACGGCCAAGGCCCACGGUGACACUGCUGAUAAGACUAUCGCCAAUGUCAUGACACAANAAGGCUUCGCACCUGGUCAGUUCGGUUAUGAGGAACAACAUGUCGAGCAAAUCCUUCCUGCAACUGCUGGUCAAGUUUACAUGUUAGGCGCAUGGCAAGCCACUGACGGACAACUCUUCUACGGAGAGUUUGAAUACGUCACUACUGUUUCGACCACUAUGGAUAGUAUCAAGCAAGCAUGGCAGAAACUUGUGGCCAACAAUACAGUACUGCGCACAGUGUUUGUCGCGACUCAAGACAACGAAGUACCUUUCUUGCAACUCGUCUUGCGGGAUGCUCCUGCUUCAUUCGUGGACUCGAACAACGAGGAUAAGCUGUCAUCAGCUAUAAAGCAGCCAUUCGCCCGCCUGACUGUGCAAAAAGCAGAAGAUAGCUUCAAGCUCCGCCUCAAGAUUCAUCAUGCACUGUACGAUGCUGUGAGCUUGUCACUGCUCAGCCAAGAACUUGGUAACCAUCUACAAGACUCUGCUGUAACACAGCAAUCUUCUGUCAAGUUCGCUGAUUUCAUUGGUCCAUCACUUGAAACGGCUGCCAGACCCGCAAGGAAGACUUUCUGGACCAAUUAUCUUCAAAGUGUGCAGUACCCACAGCUGGAGUCGAACCCCUCGCCUUCAGCUCGCCAUAUCGAGGUCUACGACCCUCGUGCCAUGUCUGAUAUGCCUAAGUUUGAGAACGAACUAAGAAAGCAGGGGCUCAGUCUCCAAUCUGUGUUCUUUGCGGCCUACGCUAGAGCCUACAGCUAUAAUUCAGACCCCACAGCCGAGGAUGCGAUUCUAGGCAUCUACUUAGCCAACCGCUCACACCUAGAGGAUCUGUCCAGCCUAGCAGCACCAACGUUGAAUCUCGUUCCUUUGCGCGUCCGCUCGCCCACAAAGACAUCUCUUGCUGAUGUCGCAAAACAGAUCCAGAAGGAUUUGCAGCUCAUCGGCACGUCAGAGAACAGCAGCGUUGGACUGUGGGAGAUUGAGGCAUGGACAGGAGUCACAGUAGACACAUUUGUCAACUUCGUGAAGGUACCGGAUAACGACGACGAUGCUACCAAAAAGCAGGCUGUUGUUAUGGAUGAGAAGGCAGAAGAACAUCGCACUGAAAAGCGAAGUCAUAUGUCCGAUGCCACUGCAGACGAUUUCGUCGUACCAAAAGAGCUGCAGCGUGAAGAUUUGAAGAGGACGUAUAAGCGAUCACUUGAUAUUGAAGCGACCGUCGCUGAUGGUGCGCUUGGCAUUGGUGUGUUUGGAUGGGAAGACAUGAUGGAUGUGGAACAAGCUGAAGGCUUGAUUGAAGAGCUGAAGAUCGAGAUCGGGNGUGUGCUCGAAAGU